AUGACGCCCGAGAACGGUAUCUUGAGUCUGGAUGAGGCUGUGAGUCGGCCGAGUCUAUUACACAGGGCCUCUAAGAAGUGCCUACGGGUCCUCAGAAAAGCCUCCGUGAGGGAAAUGACACGGCCUGACGACAAGUCGAGUAUCAGCGGAAGGUCCUCGGCCAGCAGGUCUUCGUUCAGGUCUUCUUUCUCAAAAUCGUCUCUAUUCACGACAAGAACGGUAGAGGAGGAUGAUUACAUGGCCCUAGACCAACCCCUCACUGAAGAGCCCAUUAAAGAAGAAGCCGGCAGCGAUGGAAACACCAUGAGCGAAGAACCCAAUAACGAAGAGUUUACGCAACAACGCAGUUCUGUGGAGCCGAGGAAGGAACAUCACCAAGGCCAGUCGAGCUUCUUUCGGCAGAUGCCUCCUGAAAUUCGGCAUCAGAUUUACCAGCACUUCUGGGUCUCGGCAGGGGUCCAACGACACGCCUUUCUGAGUGACAGGAAACUCUUAUUCUCUCCCUGCGUCACAGACCAUGAGGCGCCUGACGAACGACAGAUAGGGGUUGCCAAAGAUUUUGAAACGUCUUCUUCUACAGCGGAAGUUCAGCCCCAUCCGAAAUGGUUCAAGAGAAUGACAUCCCCAUGGUGUAACCACUGGAAAUGCGAAAGGCUAUGGGAGGACAUCAGAGACGGACGCGAAAUAGACGGGAACAAGAAGCAGGCUUACAUGUCUCUUCUCCUUUCCUGCAAGCGGAUAUAUAACGAAAGUGUAGAAUCUUUCAGAGACGCCCAAACCCUCACCAUAACCGACGGCCAAACCCUCCACCGUAUCCUCCGCUGGCCGCGCCCCAAAUACCUCAAUCAGGCGCGCCGUUUCAACAUCUCCCUCCGCGAGGACAGCGGCAACUUCCUCUAUCUCAACGGCGCCUCCCUGUGGCACACACUCUCCGACCCGGACUCGUGCCCCGCCGAACGCAUCUACCUCUGGCUGGACGCCGAGUGCCCCGUCACGCGCCGUCUGCUGCCCGAGUUUCGCGAGCUGUUCAGCAGCGUGCCGAAUGCCGUUGCGCCCCGGCUAACAAUCGACUUCCCCUGCGACGCCGAGGACGGGUUCUGGGCCUGGGAGGAGGUCGACGUCGAGGGACCGCACGGAGACGUCAAGAGGUUGGCGCCGUUGGUGCCCAAGUUUACGGUCGUUGCGAGGGGGAGGCAGAGGUUUAAUGAGACUUCGUCGGGGUAUGUUAGUAGUGUUGAUAGGGGGAGGCCGAGACGGAGGCUUUUGAGGUCGAGUAAUCCGUUUGAGGAUAUCCUGUUGUAUGGGAGAGGAUUUGUCGAUGGUUCAUACGUCUAG